UACUGCGAAGUUAGCAUUUGGUUUAUGUCUCAGUUAUUAUUACUUAAUUUUCGCUAUGGUUUCUUAUCCAAAGAAAACAUCAGCUGAGUGGUUUAUUGAACAAUUAAAUGUUGAAAAUGCAAAAUUAUUAGCUUUUGUGCUUGUGCUAGGUUUUAUUGGGUACCAUGGUAUUUUACAUCUCCGAUACGGUCCUGACUCCUGCACAUGGUUGCUUACAUCAGGGCGCUACAAAGGUGACCAUGAGUGGCAGCCAUACGGAUGUAUGUUACACAAAUACUCUAAAACAGAUGCAAGACGAUGCUUACGUUACUUAGCUUUUUGGGGCAAAUAUAACAGUUUUGCGUUUAUCGGCGACUCACGACUUGAACAAUUGUACGAGUAUUUUAUUGGGGUUCUCAAGACUAGAUCAGAUUUGGACUCAUCAUAUUCAACGAUAGACCACCAUAUGCCUAACUACACAUAUGUGGACAGCAAACUGAAACUGUUUGUCACAUUUAUAUGGAGUAAUGAUGUCUCUAAGACUAUGGUCGAACAGUUCCGAGCUUGGCAGCGCUCGGAUCGACCACCAUCAGUGAUAGUGGCCAGUACUGGUCUCCAGUUGGUUAAGAACCGGAACACAACUGAUGCUGUAUUGGAGGAAUAUAAGAGGAAUCUUACACAAUUAGUUCAGCCUAUAGAUGCGCUUGCGGCUCGCGGUACUCAAGUAUUGUGGAAACUUCUAGAACCUGUUGACACAACACUCAUAAAAGAUGAUGUGAAGAUCAGUAAUCAUGAUAUUGAUGGAUACAAUAGUGCUGCGAUGGAGAUACUCCGUCACAGCGAGGCGCGUGUGUGGGGCGCGGCGCGACUGGUAGCGGCGGGGUCUGCUGGGGGCGAAGCCCUGACGCGAACGGCGUUGAGACACUGCGCACAGAUCCUGUUAAACAUGUUCUGCAAUGACCACAUGAACUUCAAUGAUGGCUCGUGCUGUGCUCAGCCGGAGCCCUACACACAGCUGCAAAUGCUCACAUUUGCAUUGUUCCUGCUCUGCGCAGUCGUUGCCAGUUUGAGAUACUUGUGGCGUUGGUCUCAGAGUAUAAAGCAGAAGAUGGAUGGCUACGCGCUGGUGAACCAGGCUACGGUGGUACAGCCACCUUCUCCCGUGCUGGCCCUGGCUAAGCUCGGCAUGAUCAUGGCAUACUUCUACCUCUGCGAUAGAACAAAUUUCUUCAUGAAGGAAAACAAGUAUUACUCGGAAUGGAGUUUCUGGUUGCCCGUUGGAUAUGUGUUUGCAUUGGGGCUGUUCUUUACUGAUGAUUCAAGGUCAAGUAGAGUUUUACACAGAAAUCAAACAGACGAAUGGAAAGGUUGGAUGCAGCUUGUUAUCUUAGUAUACCAAGUGACGGGAGCGAGUAAAGUCCUUCCUAUAUACAUGUUAGUGAGGGCAUUGGUCUCUGCUUACCUCUUUCUGACGGGCUAUGGUCACUUUUACUACACAUGGAAGACGGGAGACACAGGCCUGGUCAGAUACUUCAGGGUCAUCUUCCGACUGAAUUUCCUGACUGUGGUCUUAUGUUUGACGAUGAAUAGACCGUAUCAGUUUUACAGUUUUAUACCGCUUGUGUCUUUUUGGUAUACUUUGGUAUUUGUAAUCUUCGCUCUACCACCACAUAUAAAUCAGUCGUCUACUCACACAGUGGAGUCCAAACCAUAUCAAUAUUUAUAUAUAGCGCUGAAGAUAAUUGGUCUUCUGACAAUAGUGACAGUGUUGUAUAUGAGUGAGGUGUUCUUCCAGAAGAUAUUUGUGACGAGGCCGUGGAAGGCUCUGUUUGUGAACUCGGAUGAUGAUAUCCACCAGUGGUGGUUUAUGUGGAAGCAAGAUCGGUACUCUAUGGCUUAUGGUAUAAUAUUUGCCACAGCAUAUCUCCUCGCUCAGCGCUACAACUUGCUGGAUGACAACAAUCACAGCAAUCUGUUCACACCAGGUUUGUCUCUCACCGCAACAUUGUUGGCUUUUAUAGGCAUUGGUUCAUAUGUCACAUUCACAUUCCUCUGUAAUAAUACAUUUGAUUGCAAUGAAAUUCACAGCUACGUAUCAUUUCUACCAAUUGUCAGUUAUAUUAUAUUAAGGAACGUCUCCGGAGCAUUAAGGACUAAACAUUCUAAUCUAUUUGCUUGGUUUGGAACGAUAACAUUAGAGUUAUUUGCAAGUCAGUCACAUAUAUGGCUCGCUGCUGACACACAUGGUGUCUUAGUAUUAAUACCGAGUGCACCGAUACUUAAUCUUAUCUUGACAUCUUAUAUUUUUAUAUUUACUGCACAUGAAAUACAUAAGUUGACAUCAAUAAUACUGCCAUAUGCUGUACCUGAUGAUUGGCGAUUGGUUUUGAGGAAUUUUGCUAUAUUUUUAGCUAUUUUAGUACCUAUAGGUAUACAUGAUGGGAUGUUUUAAGAUCCAAGGUUCAUUUUUAAGACCGCUUUUGUAUAUAUUUUAUAGUUUUUUUUCUUUGUGUGCGAUAGUCAGUAGUGGUACAUAAGUUGGAAUAAAUCAGUACAAUUGUGUUAGUACAUUAUUUAAUUUUCUAUAUAGAAACAUUCCGUGUUAUGUUUCGAAACAAAAUGUUCAUAUUGUGGCAACACUUUAGAAAUUACUGAAAUUUCAAUAUUAUUUUGUAACUUGAUUAACCAAAGCGAUUAUAAAACUGAGAACUUUUUUUAUUAAUUAUUUUUGGUUAAAGUACUUUUGUCUUCAAUAGUGUGGCAAAUUUUUCUGGCCCGGUAGG